GAAGCUCAUGAAGCGGCGCCUUCGAUAUCUGCUUACGGUUUGAUCUGAGAGUUACAUCCUGUGGGGUGCCAUAUGUCUUACUCUUUAUGUGCAUGGGAGUAAUCUAAUGCUGAAGUGAUAUCGGUGCCAAGAAGGUGGUGGAUAUUUUGCAGAUGCAAAGAACACUUAUUUAGUUGAUCAGCUGCUGAAGGAGGUCAAUUGUUGAUGUCACUGGGAAAAACCAUUCCAUGCUCUCUCUCUAAAAGCUUCUUCUUGACCUGCAAUGUUUAGCUGCUCUAUCUAAGAUAUCAUCAAGUAAAGCUCAAGAAUUGCAUAUAAAAAUGUCACAGGAUGAUUGGAUUAAGCCAAGGAAUACAUAGCUGUAGUAGAAUUAUACUUGUUGUAGAUACAGUAGUUGUCUUUUCUUCAUGAACUCAGAUGAGAUUGUAGCAGUGACUUCAGCCAAGUUAAUUGGACUAUGGAUUGGGUUACUGUCCAUCUCUUGGAUUUGCAACUGAACCUGUCCCACCAGAGUGCUGCCGGUGGAUUAUGUGCAGUGGUGAUAGACAUCAAAAGUCGAUUUCCUGGUCUAUAAAUAUCAGUCCACCAUGGUUCUUCAUAUCUCAUCAGCACUUACUGCCUCUGCACUCCGCCCCUUGCUCUGUUUCUGCUUUCACAACACUUAUCCAGAGAUGGAGAAUGCUUCUGGCUUGCAGCGCCAGCUUGCUAGCAUGAAGAAGGACCUCUUUGAUCAGGGGUACUUGGAUGAACAAUUUGAUCAGCUAGAGGAGUUGCAGGAUGAAUCCAGCCCUAAUUUUGUGGAAGAAGUUGUCACAUUGUUCUUCAGGGAUUCAUCCAGAUUGAUGGCCAACAUUGACGACGCCCUCCAGCGGUGCCCUCGAGAUUUCCAUAGGCUGGACAACUUCUUGCACCGAUUGAAGGGCAGUGCUUCCAGCAUCGGUGCUGCAAAGAUGAAGAACGAGUGCACCAGUUUCAGAGAAUUCUGCAGUGAAGAAAACCUUGACGGAUGCCUGAGAUCGUUUCAGAAGGUGAAGAAUGACCACACCAUCUUGAGGCAGAAGCUGGAAAACUACUUGCAGGUUGCAUUCGAGCCAAACCCUUUACCUUUACGUGUCCUGAGUUCCGUCUCCUCAAACUCGUUGAGUAGCUCUCACUUGUGUUGUGGCAGUUGCUGAGGCAAGUUGGCCCCGUCGACAAAGCAUCUCGCUCUGGUAGCUGAGAAGACCGGAGAGGACGUCGCCCACCAACCCUUGCGCCAAUGUGAGCGAGCGUUCCCAUUGAAGUGACUAUAUAUAUAUAUAUAUAUAUAUAUCCUCUCAAGUCAAGUCUCUAUUACUUAUAUGAAGUGACUUUUUACACCUUUUCGAAUAACAAGCAAAGAAAAAAAAAAAGAUUUUCUUCGA